GCUGAGGACUCUGUGUGGAAACCCCGGAUCACCCGACAAGUUUCUGUGAAAACUCUGAACUGUACACCCAGCUGUGCCACCAGCUUUUUUCAAACGUUGAGAGAGAGUGAGUGAGCGAGAGUGAUCGAGUGACCGGAAGGACACCCCGAAAAAGGACAUUAUACCCUCGAGUAUCUUGCGAGUACACGACCCCUUCAUCCGGGGAGGAAACAUUCGAGUCACAGGACUACGAGGACGUGUGCCGUCGUCCUUCGUCGCGUGCGCCGUAUCUUUCGUCCUUGCCUUAUUGAUCGACCCGCUCCUGGGUCAGUGCGCUCUGGUGUGCGUGUUCGCACUCGGCAAGGAUUUCGCACCGGGGCCUCCGAGAAGGGUGCUGCGCGCGUUGUGGAUGUUGUUGGAAGUUGCCAACUCUGCUGCGCAGUUGGCACAAUCUCUCGUCAAAUAAAACAUUCCCAGUGUUGCCCAGUUGUUUGCUGGCCGACGUGUACUCGAAUACUGGAAUAAGUGAUAAGAAGUUAUCAUCAUCUUGUCGUGUGGCAUACUCGAGGUGGCUUGUAUAAAGUUUCCUCCCCACACGUGUUCAGUGUUCGGUCGGCGACGACUCGGAACAGCACGCAACAACCUCUACCACCGAUAGCGCCCCAGCAACAGUAUUAAACCCAACGGCUACGCUACGCUACACCCGUUGAAACGUCCCAACAAAUUGACUGAAAACUUACAUAACUUACACAAUUCGCCCAAAGAUUAGUCUCUACGUUGAUCAGCCAGCUCGUCACUACUCUGUGCCCUGUACUAGCUAAUCCGCCUGACUGCACCUGCCACUUGUUAAGCGUUUGCAACAGUGUGCCUCUGUUCCGUUUGGAGUGAUCGUGGUAUGCGAAAGUAAGAAGCAACUAACCAAAGGGCGCGAUUCUCGGUGUGUACUCCGCCAUUUGCGAGAUCAAGAUCACACUGCGACAGUGGCCGCUUGAAGUAGUACCAUUGCUCAAACCAAGCGUUGGCCAGACGAGAGGUAGUGAAAUUCAGUGGCUAGGCAAACGCGUAUCAGCUUCGACCGCAAUCACUUGAAGCAGCAGCAGCGCAAUGAUGGCACAAGUGCAAUCGCUUCCGUCGAUCGACACGGUGGACAAUAAACAAAGUACCGACGAGUUAGCCUGCGUAACCUCAAACGAGUACCUUUAUCGGGAGACCGACCGACUUCGAACAUUUACGAACCGGUGGCCGGUACCGUUUGUGCAGGCGGAGGAGUUGGCUCGGUACGGGUUCUACUACACCGGUUCCGAGGACACGGUGAAGUGCUUCUUCUGUCGCGUCGAAAUCGGCAUGUGGGAGGAGCACGACAACGUGAUCGAGGAACACCUUCGAUGGUCACCGUACUGUCCGCUGCUGAAGAAGCGCCACACCAACAAUGAGCCGAUCAACGAGAACUUCCUGUCGGCGGUACCGGAGCCCAGCUUCGACGUGUGCGGCAUCAACAUGCGCCAGCACUCGUACGCCGAGAAUGCGGGUGACCGUAUGAGCGGUGAUUCCUGGGUCAGCGAUGUCAGCAGCACCAGCAGCACUAGCACCGGCAGUAGUGUCGGUGAAGCGAGCGGAACGAUCAGCACCGACCGGAGCGGACUGGUGGUGCGUAGCGGGGCCGAUACCGGCGGCAUGAUGCUGACGGCGGCCUCCGCCCCGCACGGUACGAUGCUGAUGGGUGCGAUGCGCCGGCCCGAGUAUCCGAACUACGCGAUCGAAGCCGAUCGGCUCAAGUCGUUCGCGGACUGGCCCACGUCCAUGUACCAGAAGCCCCAGCAGUUGAGCGAUGCCGGCUUUUUCUACACCGGCAACGGUGACCGGGUGAAGUGCUUCAGCUGCGGCGGAGGCCUCAAGGAUUGGGAGCAGGGCGACGAACCGUGGGAGCAGCACGGCAUCUGGUACAGCAACUGUGAGUACCUGAAGCUGAUCAAGGGCCACGAGUUCAUCCAGAAGUGCCAGCAGAUGCGGGAGGACGAGGAGGCACAAACGAACGGUGGCCAGCACUCGCGGCCGUCCACGUCCGGUGCCAGUUCGGCGGCGUCGUCCUUGAUGAGCACCUCGCCCGUUUCGUCCCGCAGCGGCGUGAGCUCCCCGACGGCACCGGACGAUGAGUGCACGUUGCGUCGCUGCGAUUCCGGGCUCGCCGCGGCAACGGACGACGGUCAGCAGGGGGAGGACGAAACGGGAAUCCGCAACAUUUCCGAUGGCAAAAUCUGCAAGAUCUGUUUCGUCAACGAAUACAACACGGCAUUUUUGCCCUGCGGCCAUGUGGUCGCGUGUGCCAAGUGUGCAUCGUCCGUCACCAAGUGUCCACUGUGUCAGCAACCGUUCAUCAACGUGCUCAGGUUGUACCUGUCCUAAAAGCGGCGUACGGUGGGAAUCCUUCGCGGCGAGGACAACAGAAGUCUUGGAUGUUCGUUCGGAGAACCUCCUCCCAAUGCAUGGGUAGCACACGUGAAAAGCGUUAGGUGCACUGUAUGCUAAUUCCUUCGGCCAAGCUGUAAUGGUUGGCUUCCAUGUACAGUGAGGCCUCCUAAACAUAACCAACUCUCCGCAAAGUCUGCCCAUCGAAAGAGUGGCGUAUUAAUGGAAAAGUUUCAUUUUCAUGAGCAGUAACUUUGCAUAGCUGCAUAGCAUAGCAUAACACGAGUAGAGCUUAAAACGAGGACAACAGAAACGCUUGCACGCAAAAAGGUGGAAGAUCUUGGCGCCAAACGCGGAGAAGGCACUACAUCUUAUCAAAACUAAGGGCAAAUAUCCGCCUCUGCCAACAUCGGUACCUGCUGACCAUCUGGGAAUAUGUGUAGAUAAUAAGCCUUUCGAGUGUGUUUUAUGAGAGUAUCGAAGACAGAUGACGAAGACGUGACCUAAAAACUGUGCAACGGACGGCACCUGCGCCCGUAAAAGAAGUAACCUUGAACGUGUUUUUGGUAGGUGACUGGCACCCCCGCGAAGUAAACUCCGAGAUAUUUAGUCUAAAGCAAAUAUACCCCCGAAAACUGAAACACCCAUAAAACGGCCCUGAGAAUAUCGAACUCUAGUACGUCGUUAGCAGUAAGCCGAUAGCACGAUCUCCGGGAGGCAGGAGGAGCACUACUAUCUGUUGAUAAAGUACCUAAUCUAAAACGACAAAAGCGAACGGUUCAAGCAUGUGUAGCGUGUAACUUGUGCAAGUAACCCUAUAACGGACGCUCUGGUGUGAACUUAAUUUAAGAAGUGAGUAUAUAUAUUUUAACGCACCCUGCCGCGGACGAUCGAUCAAGGGGGUUCCGUCAACGGAAGGUUAUGUUUCUAUACCUGGCUGAAAACUAAAACAAAAAAAAGAAUAAAUCGUAAGAAUAAUGUUGA